CUUGGUCAUUUUUUAACAUUUCCUUGGUCAUUCUUUAAUAUAUAAUGAGCAAAUUGCAUUUAACUAAUUUAUAUUGGUGACUUGAAAAUAUGUUGUUUAAGGAGACCAUAUUUGUAUUGUAAAAUAAAAAACUAAAAAGAAGACCAUACUUGUUAUUGGUAGUUUCAAACACUUGUUUACACCUCUUUGUUAACUUUCUAUGCUAAUUGGAAUUGCAAUAAUUAUAUUUCUUUUUGCAAAAGCUACUGAAAUAUUUUUUAACUGACAUACACACAACUUUGAAGAGUUUUUAAAAAAAAAAAUAUGUUUAGUGUACACUUAUUGAGUGUGUUAGAUUAAUUAUUAAUUUAUUAUGUAUUAAAUGAUUGUUGAAAAUAUGGAGCAUUGAAAUAUCAUUAUUUUUUCUUCAAACUUUUAUGAUACAUAAUUUAAUGAAAAGACAUUCUCGUUCUUUUUAAUGUUCUCAUUAUCAUGCACAUGGUUAGUGGGUUGGUAAUGGCAUAACAAUAAUAUAUAAUUACAUAAAAUGAUUACUAUGAUUGUUUAGUAGAGGCAGCCAAGUAUAUAAAGGGAUGAGAAGCAUACAUAAUCAAUCACACAGAUAUAUCCUCUUACAUUCACACAAUCAUCAAUAAACUUUCAUUCACUACAAUGCCUUCUACAACUUUCACUGUUCGUCCAAAUGCUGGGUUUAGCCUAGCAGAUCUACCCAACUUACAACCAGGAGACAACCUACACAUCAAAGGCCUUCAGAAUUUGAGAAAUGGAGGGGAUGUUAGAGAACCUAACUUAAGUAGUAUGCGAUUAAAUCGCUUACACUUGGCUUGGGAUCGCAAUACCAAUUCUACCAAUUCUGCUGAGGAAGUUCUCGGAGCCCUUAGGCCUCAUAGAGAUCUCACGGGUUUCAGGUUGAGCGGUUACCGGGGAAUGAAUAUUCCAAACUGGAUGACAGAUAUUUCUAUUUUGGGACGUUUGGUUGAUGUUAAACUCAUGAAUUGCAUAAACUGUAGCCAACUUCCUCCACUUGGUAAAUUACCUUUUUUAAACACUCUUUAUCUAUCUCAAAUGACAAAUGUGAAGUACAUUGAUGAUUCACCUUAUGAAAUUUCAACCGAAAAUGCUUUUCCGUCAUUAACGGAAAUGACACUAUUUGAUUUACCUAAUUUAGAGAGGGUGUUGAGAAUCGAAGGAGUAGAGAUGCUAUCACAACUUUCUAAGUUAAGCAUUCAGAGUAUCCCUCAAUUUGAACUUCCAAGCCUUCCCUCUGUUAAGGAAGUUUAUGUUGGAGGAGAAACUGAAGAGGAUAUUGAUCAUGAAGCAUCUUUCCUGAGAGAUAUUGCAGGUAAGAUGCCUAACCUCAAAGAACUUAUGAUUGACGCCUUUCAUCAACUCACGGUACUACCUAAUGAACUCAGCUCUCUCCGUUCCCUAGAAGAACUAUACAUAAUAGAUUGUAAUAAGCUUGAGUCCAUUCCUAAUAAUGUAUUUUAUGGUUUGAUUUCUCUUCGAAUUUUGAGCUUUGUAAUCUGCCAUAGCUUAAAUUCCUUGCCCCAAAGUGUGACAACCCUAACUAGUCUUCAGAGACUUAUAAUACACUAUUGUCCCGAACUCAUUUUACCAGCUAAUAUGAACAUGUUAAAUUCCCUUCGUGAAGUGAGUAUCAUGGGUGGGGAUAGAAGGCGCGGGAUAUAUAACGGCUUAGAAGACAUUCCCUUGCUGCAAAAUUUGUCUCUGAGAGAUUUUCCUUCUCUUAGAUCUUUGCCAGACUGGUUGGGAGACACGCUAUCUCUUCAGGAAUUAGAAAUUAGUAAGUUUCCUAAGUUAACCUCGUUACCAGACAACUUUGACCAACUCGAAAACUUGCAGAAACUAUGUAUUGAUAGAUGUCCUAGGCUUGUGAACCGACUCGCAAGAAGAACAGGUGAAGAUUGGUAUAAGAUAGCUCAUGUUCCUAUAUUGAGUUUGAGAUUGGAAUCAGAUGUUGUGCAUCCAAUUAACGAAGAAGAGUAUAGCAAUUCAGACAAUGAAUUGGACAUGGAGGUUGAUGAGCCAUGAGUGAUGAACAUGUAUAUGAUUCAAAUCAUUGCAAAAUAUUUUGGAUUUGAUUUAAAUCAUUGAUGGUUAAAUCCUCUCUCGUUUGUUUGGAGUUGUAGAGGAUUUUAUUGGAUUCCUGUUGUUGUUUUCAAUUUGGUUUGAUGGUUUGUGUAUUUUGCACUUUUCUUAUUUGGUUUGUUGUUGACUGUUUUUUCAUUUUGUUUGGUUUGAUAUCCGUAUUAAGAGAUUGGGUUGUAUUUUGUGUGGAUUUUUUAGAUUUUUCUAUAUAUAUUUAUGAUAUGUUGUUUGGUUUCUUAAA